GUUUCCGUAAUUAAUUUUUCACAGCAUUUUGUGAUUUCAUUUAAAUUGCUAAAAAUUAAAAACGAAGGUAUAUAAAAUUAAAAUAUAAUACAUAUUAUUGUAGUAUGUAUUUAACUAGUAUGUACUUGGAAUAAUAGGUGUCUAAAAUUGUUUUAGUUUCCAUUGCUCAUUAAGACUUAAAAUUUGUUCUACAAAACAUGUUGUUAAAAAAUAUAUACACAAUAAAAUUUAAUUAAACAAACUGUACUGGACAAUUACACCUGUUUGUAGUGUCCAACACCAACUGCUUAGCCAUUGCUCAAAAGUCGUUGCCAUGGUUUUAACAUGUUCAAAACUAAACUGUAGUAUAUACAUAGUAUAUUAUAAAUAAAACAUUCAACGUCAAGCUGAAAUAAAAUUAUUAAAAUAAAAUGCCUAUAUUUAAUAAAAAAUUUGAAUCUAAACCAGUUCCGCCGCGUAUUUCUAGAAACAAUAAUGAUUGCCCUGUGGUAACAGAAGAAUUGGAAGACUACAAGCAAAUUACUUUGAACUUAGGUAAUAAGGAAUUACGUUUCGCAGAUGGUAUUUGGAUUUACGCUACUCGCAAAGGCGAUGUAGACGAUGUUGUACGUCUAAAUCGUCGUUUAAAGGCUUUGGAAGAGGAAAAUAAUAUGUGUGAUUUGAAAAUUGAAGUGUUACUUGAUCUUCUUGCUGAACAUGCUACCGAGUUAAACUCUUUAAAGGAACUCAGGAAAUAAUUGCAAAAACAUGCUAAAAAUACAAU